GGACAUCAUCAGAGCGGUGUCUGGCUGGCUGUGUCAAUUCGAAUGAGCACAGCACCGUCUAGUCUCACACUGAUCACUUCUUCUGGGGAAAGACAAAAACACGCAAGGAAAUAAAAAUCAGUCGCGUGCGGGUCAUAAGAACGAACGGACAUCGCAUCAAAGUUGUUCCAUUCAGUCGUCGUCGACAAAUCGGAUCGUAAAGAAGUCUGGUGGCAGAGCGUGUUGUGUGUUUUUGUUUUUCUGCGUUGUUGUCGUCCCAUGAUCUCAAAAAGACCACAAAAUCUCUUUUAAUUUAAGUGAUGAUAACAACGAAAUAAUACAAAUGCCGCAAAUGAUAAAUAUUUGUGGAUGUGAAUGAAUGAAUGAAAAGGCGAAAAACAAAAAAUAGAAUUGAAUAGAAACUUGUGUCCAUCGAUAAAUUUCACAAAAAAACAAAGUGUCGUGGUAUUUCCAUUAGAAUUUGCAAUCAAAGUAAACUCCAUGUCAUGAUCACUGGAGGCUGCUGUGCAACAUAAAACACAAACAUCUACUUUAGUGUCCACGCCAGCAAGAAAGUCAAGCCAGGAAACAAGUUUUGCCAAAACAGUGAACUUUGUCUGUGCUGUCGCACCCUUCGGAAUUGUGUCCAUGUGCGAUAUCAUGCACACAGAUGUGUUCCUUGAAUUGUGAUCAUUAAAACAAUAAAAAAAAAUAAUAAACACAAAAUAAAACUACUGCAACAAUUUAGAAGUGACAAAAGAAGCCAAAGAAACAAAAACAUUCUUCUACUCCAAGUUGCCAAGAGCGAAUUAAACUCGUCUCUGUUUUUUAAUUAAACUUUUAAUUGUACUUGCUUCCAGUCUGCUGCUACGACUGCUACAUCUCCAAAUAUGACCGCUGAAACUCUUAAGCCGUUCAUAACACCCGGCAGUGUUGAUUAUGUGACAACAUCCCAUUCAAGUGCCUCAUCCGUUCACAGUCGAAGUAGCCGUUGCUUUCUUGCAAUUGCGGCAAGUGCCCUUGUGGUGGUGCUGAUCACUUCGUUGUUGGGUCUUACGAUAUGGCAUACCGUUCGCAUAUCGAAUCUGCAGACCGAAGUGGGAAAUUUGAACAAAGUUAUUGAGAGUAUGCAAAAACGUUUGGGUCUCACAUACUUGGAUGACUUAAGCGAUCUCGAAAAGGAGGAUGAGAAUAACAAUGCUUUAAUUGAUGAUAUGCUGCCCGACGACGACGAAGAUGAUGAUGAUGGCGACGAUGACAAUGACAGUGAAAGUAAUAGCGGCGAAGAAGACGAUGAUGAGGACGAUGAUGCCGAUUAUACAUACGAUGAAUUACUUAAGAAAUAUAGCGAUUAUGAGGUGGACAACGAGGAUGAUGAUGAUGACAAUGGCAAUAAUAGCAGAACCAAUGAUGACGAUGAUGAUGAUCUGUUUGAUGAUGAUGAUUUGUAUGACGAUUUUGAAAAAUUCGUUGAAUCGACAAAGGAAACCCCACAAAGAAAACGCAAAACUCGUUCAGUAUCUAUGCUAAAGGACGCAACCGAUGAGGUGCCAUUAGAUACCAGUCGUUCCAAAAUGCAGAGCAGGUCUCAUAAAUCUCUUGUUGCUGCAGAAAAUGCCGAAAGACGUCGUAGUCCUAUGAGAUUGUACAGUUCUCGCAGGCGAAAGUUCCCUAUGAUAAAAAGCGAUAAACAUUUAAUUUCAGCCAAAACAAUAGAAACAAUUAAUGCUUUGAAUGAAGUUGAAACAUCCAAGCCGGCCGUUCAUUUCCAUCUAACGCAUAAAAUCCCCAAUCAUCCAUCGGUUCGAGUUACUUCAUAUACUGGCGACGUCUACAUUGGCAAACCAACAUGGACAAAUGAACGCGAAUCUCUCGACACGUAUUUUCAUGUUGAAAACGGUGUACUGACAGUGCAUGAACCGGGCCUUUAUUAUGUGUACGCCCAAAUAUGCUACCACAAUCAUCACAAUCAGAAUGGUUUCGUUAUAUUCCAUGGCCAUAAACCAUUCCUGCAAUGUUUGAGCCACAUCUUUACGAACAAUCAUUCGGUCUUCAAUACCUGUCACACCAGCGGCCUAAUAUAUUUGAAACGAGACGAACAAAUUCACAUCCAAGAUUUCCACACCGAUCGUAAAACGCAUCUUCAGGAGGAGAACAAUCGAAGCUAUUUCGGUUUGAUUAAAAUUUAGAACGCUACAAUUGAUAUUUAAUUAUUUUUAUAUCACUUAAACUUUUGCUAGCGUAUUUAAAACUAAAAAUGUUUUUUAAUAAUAACACAAAUGUAUUUAUCGUGUAAAUGCACCAAUCUGCUACCAACGAUGUGUGGGGAAGCUCACUCAGUUAUAUAAACAAAUGCUAAAAUCCAAUAGAUCGUACUAAUAAAUUAUUAAAACCAAGAAUAUUUUUUUAUAUAUAUAAAUGUAUGUAGUCAAUAAAUAUAACUAAUAAGUAAGUCAAAACCAAA